AUUAUUAUGUGAGUUUAUUAGAAUGCUGGAAUGUUGCUCGGCCUCGUUGUGGGCUUUUGCAAUUUGAUCCUAGUCUAAAGAGGCGCGCGAGCACUGGGAGUACACGGCCUACAAUGCGAACCCUGCUUCUGAGGCGUCUUUCUACUCUCUACUUCUGCUGUCUUCUCUUGGCUUCCUCAGCCUCAGUCAGGAGAGUUGCCUCCCUCACCUUGGCCUUCGGUCGCCACCUACUCCUCCUCCAUUCAGCUUCCUCAGCCUCAGUCAGGAGAGUUGCCUCUCCUCACCUUGGCCUUCGGUCGCCUCCUACCUUCUCUCCUUACCUUGAGCUCAGCUCAAGCUCGGUACGGGCUCGCCCCGUCUUCUUCCUCGCCCUCGCCUUGCUCUUCCUCCAUGUCUUCCUCUUCUUCGUCAUCUUCCCUCAUCUCCACCCGCAGUCGGUCCUUCUUGUCCACCUUCAGCGAGCAGGCCAACACAUGCAUCUCUGCGAAUUUACUCAGUGCUAUGAACAGGAAGCUAAGAGAUCGACGCUCUAUGUCGUCGCUCUCCGCCUCCUGCUCAAGCUCAGCAGCUGCCGUUGCCCGUGGCGAGAACGCGCUGCCCCUCCUUGCCUUCUUGCUCUCUCCUUGCACGCGAGUCCAGCGCUUGCUCUGCAGCCACUU